AAGGUGACGAAGUUGUGUGAAGGUGAUAAUGCUACACUUGACCAAGUACUAGUUUCAAUGGACUUCCUACGCAAGCAUUACGAGAAGUCUACAACUAAGUACGCUGCUUCUAAUCUAGUCCUUGCCGCUGCUAUACACACUAGCCGAUUUGCACUCGAUAAAUGGCAAGCUAUUAACAGCUACACCCCUGCUUAUGCCGCCGCGCUCCUCCUCCAUCUAAUUUACCGCGAGGCCUAUAUCACUACGUAG